AUGUCGGAUCUUGAAUCAAACAAGAAAGAGCACUUGGUUCAGAGAGUCGUGAGUUUGAACUCAGCUCAAGCUCAUGUUGAUGAAAAAGAUGCUGAUGCAACGUUGAAAUUCAUGGAGACUUACUCGAGCCAAGUAACUGGGUCAUUGACUCCAGAGAUUGAGAAAAGAAUCAGAAGAAAAUUAUACAUUUGGUUAGUUCCUCUACUUAUGAUGAUUAAUACCGUGUUAUUUGUUGAUAAAAGUGUACUAUCUUAUGGUAUAUUGUUAGGGUUGUUUGAAUCAACUGGUAUUUCGCAUGACCAGUAUAAUAACUUGAACUCAAUCUUCUACGCAGGUUAUUUUAUUGGUCAAAUUCCAUUACAUUUUUUCCUUCAAAAAUUCAAUUUUGCAAGAUUUGUCUCUUUGAUAUUGUUCACUUGGGCAAUUUUGAUCUUUUUAACAGCCACUGCCUCAAAUUAUGGCGGAUUGAUUGUGCUCAGAUUCCUAUUAGGAUUUUUUGAAAGUGUGAUUAUUCCGGCUAUUGAAAUUACGUUGUUACAAUUUUUCACCCCAAGAGAAAGAGCAAUGGUGAAUCCAGUAUUUUGGGUUAGUUCACAAGGUCCUGCCGAAUGGAUAGGUGGAUUCAUAUCUUAUGGGUUGUUGCACCUAAAGUCACCACCAAUUCCUCCAUGGAAAAUAUUUAUGGUUAUUAUCGGUGGGUUAACUCUGAUCAAUGCAGUUUGGGCAUUAUUUGUUUAUCCAAGUAAUCCAUCAGAGGCAAAAUUUCUAACCAUAGAAGAAAGAGUCCAUUUGAUUAGAAAGAUCCAAACAGCCUCAAGCUCUUCAAUUGAACAGAAAACGAUUAAGAAAUAUCAAAUCAUUGAAUGUAUUAAAGAUCCACUGACUUGGUUAUUCACUUCAUUUGCAUUGUUCAGUAUGCUUCACAAUAAUUUAAUGUUCCAAGUAAACAUUUUAUAUGAAGCUAUUGGUGUUAAAAGACUAGGAGUAACUCUUAUAAAUGUCGUGGGUGGUGCUUUUGGCUCAAUUUUCCUGGUAGCUGGUGUCUUUAUUGUUUAUAAGGUCAAGGAAAGUUCUGCGUUGGUGAUUCUCUUAGCAGGAACUCCAGCAUUAGCAGGUGCUUUAGGAAUGGUUUUAGUGCCUUGGGAUAAAAAACUUUCACUGAUUGUGAUGUUGUUAUUAAGUGGUCACACAUUCGCUCUAGCUUUCAUUGUCGUUGUCGGUUGGUCAACUUCAUCAGCAUCAGGUUAUACCAAAAAAUUCUAUAGAAAUAUUUUUUUUAUGUUUGGGUAUUGUAUUGCCAACAUUAUUAGUCCACAAUUAUGGAGAGGCCAUCAAGCUCCAAGGUACUAUCCAGCAUGGAUCAUUCAGAUUGUUUUAUCGUUCUUCUUGCCUAUACUGAUUGGACUUGUGAUUCAUGUUAUCUUGAAAAGACGUAAUAUUGAGAGAUUGAAAUACAUUGAAGAACAUCCAGAUGAGAAAUAUGGUCAAGUUGUCACCACUGAUCCCAACACUGGAGAACAAGUGGUGGAGGAAGUGGAUAUAGCUAACUUAGACUUGACAGAUUUAGAGAACAAGUUCUUUAUAUAUCCCUUGUGA